CUCAACUUCCUUUUUGCUUGCGGCUGUCAAUUGAAGCGCAUCUUGCACGUGAAUUCUCUGCGAAUUUAGCAUUUUUAGCGAUCUAACAUGGACAAACCAGUUGUGUGGGCACGCGUCAUGAAGGUUCUGGGCCGCACCGGCUCCCAGGGUCAGUGUACCCAGGUGAAGGUCGAGUUCCUGGGCGAGCAGAACCGCCAGAUUAUCCGAAACGUGAAGGGACCAGUUCGCGAGGGCGACAUCCUGACCCUUUUGGAAUCCGAACGUGAAGCCAGGAGGCUGCGCUAAUUGGCGACCAAACUCGAGAAGACCUUUUUACACACACAUACACAAAACUGUUUUUCGCACGCGCCUUGUUUUUUUCGCGGAGAAGAAGAAGCGGAUGGCAAGAAAUCCGAACGAGGCUGCUGCAUAUUCGUUAUAAACAAAUGAAAAUACACACCUAAUUCGCCAGAAAAUCAGCAAAAAUGUGUUUUAAAUAAAUCUCGAGAGCAUUGGACCGCCUUUGUACGAAAAGAAAACCAAUCAAGCCUGUGUUUUGGUUUCAUUACCUUUUUUGUUUCUGUGUUUUUUUUGAGUGCCCAGUGAAAAUUGACAAUGGAAUGUGGUCUUCAAGCGACUUCCUUUAACAAUAUGUAUUUGCAUUUAGCAGAAACCCUUGCCUUCUCGGAAAUCAACAAAGAAAAUACAGACGAAAUUCUCCAGUUGCUAAAAACACGUUUCGUUGAUUUCCUUAUAAACGCAAAGUUUUUCUGUUAAACACAAUGAUCAGAAGUUCUGGACACGUUAACAUCUUAAAAAAAAUGUUUUAUUUUUUCGUCCACGAAAAGAUAUUUCAAAGAGAGGCCAGCCGAGUGAUUAUAUAGCCCAAUCACAUUUCAGAUUUGACAAUCAAUGUUAAUGAAUGCACAGUAUUUUUUGUAUAAAAAAUAGUUUAAAUAUUUGAACUGCUGGAGCUGCACAGAAAAUAUACGU